AUGAUGAAGAGAGGUAUGUUAACCUCUAAAAAUGAGAGAAGAGAAACAAGGAACUAUGGUGAGUUCCAUGAGAAAGAAAGACAUGAAGUUCAAGAUUGUGAAGAAUUCAAGGCCUUGGUGCAAGGCUUUAUAGACAACAAAGAGCUACAAAUUUUUGAAGGUAGCUCUUGGGAAAAACAAGUAUGUGUGCUGGAGGAUGAACAAAAAAGAACUAGCCGGCCAAGGAUUAUUAUUUCCGUACUGGGGAAUAAUGAAGUGGGGGCACAAACAGUGCCUAAGGUCAUUAUCCAUGAGCCUACGCUUUUCCCUUAUAAGGAUAGCAAGAGGGUACCAUGGAGUUAUGACUGCAGUGUGACAGUCCUGGAGGAGGAGAGUAUAGCCAGUACGUCUAGGGAUGUACAAGUUGAGGGUUCCCAUACAUGGAGUGGGAAGCAGUAUGAUACGGUGGGCGUCAGAGAGGAGCCUACAAAAAUAAUGAAUGUUAGUGCGGAGAAGGAGAAAGAGGCUGAAGUGCCUGCCAAGGAGCCAUUGCGUAGGCAGUCGGCUCGCAUAUCAGUAUUGGCUUUACUUUUGAGUUUUGAGGUGCAUCGGGAUGCAUUGAUAAAGGUGCUCAACGAAACAUAUGUCACCCAUGACAUAUCCGUUAACAAGAUGGACCGGUUGGCGAAUAACAUAAGUGCGGAUAAUUUCAUCUACUUUAAUGAUGAUGAAAUCCCACCGGGGGGUAGGGGGUCAACUAAGGCCUUGCACAUCACCACUCGAUGCAAGGGGUGCACACUCCCAAGCAUACUCGUCGAUAAUGGAUCGGCAUUUAAUGUUUUACCAUUGUUUACAUUGAACAGAUUACCCAUUGACGGUUCUCACAUAAAGACAUGUCAAAAUGUGGUAAGAGGCUUCGACGGUACAGAAAGGAAGGUGAUGGGAAGGAUUGACAUCCUCUUGGAAAUUGGGCCGAGUAUAUACGAAGUACACUUCUUGGUGAUGGAUAUCAAACCCUCUAACAAUUGCUUAUUAGGGAGGCCAUGGAUACACUCAGCAGGAGCGGUGCCCUCAUCGUUGCACCAGAAAUUAAAGUUAGUGACGGAUGGACGAUUAGUAACCAUCAAUGUGGAGGAGGACAUUAUAGCCGCAGUCACUAGCAAGGUCCCUUAUGUCAAGACUGACGAAGAGUCUAUUGAGUGUACCUUUCACUCCUUAGAAUUUGUGAAUGCAACCUUCAUUUCAGAAGGGAGUGAGCUACGAGUGCCAAAGAUAGCAAGAGCCAUGAGGAUGGCUCUACAAAUGAUGGUGGGAAAGGGAGCCUUACCAGGAAGAGGGUUAGGAAAAUACCUACAAGAAGGGACUCAAAUCCCAGAACUGAAAGAGAAGAGAGAUCGCUUUGGUCUGGGCUUCAAGCCAGACUAUAAGCAAAGCAGGAAGGAAGUUGAGAAGAGCUAA